AUGACUUCUUCUUCUUUAAGCAACAAUAUUAGAAGGUUCUGUUGUGGAGAUAUGACUAGAAAGUACAUUAUGGAAUCGAAAGAAUACAGGUCGGAGUUUGAAGAGAAGGAUUGUGGGUAUUUUUGUUGGAUUAACCCACCAGUGUUGACUAAGUGGUAUAAAGAGAAGUUGCUCGAAUUGGGAGUUAUUGCUAAUGAUGGUGUAGUUGUACCUAUUAAAGACCCUAAUGCACAUGUGCCUUUAAAUGUGCAUGUUAAUCAAGUUAAAAUACAUGUUAAUGACCCUAAUGCCCCUAUCAAUGCCCUUGAACCUGUUAAUCAAGUUGGAAUACCUAUGAAUGCGCAUGUUCCUACUAAUGUAAUUGGAUUCUGA